AUGGAUCUUUUCAUAGUUCUGGUGAUUUAUCUUUCUUGUUUGAUUCUUUUUUUUCUCUGGAAUCAAAACCAUGCCAAAGGGAAGCUACCACCUGGCCCCACUCCUCUGCCAAUCGUUGGAAAUAUUUUGCAGAUAAAUACUAAUAAUGUAAGCAAAUCCAUAAGCAAGCUAGCAGAGAGUUACGGCCCUGUGUUCACUGUGUACUUUGGCAUCAAGCCCACUGUGGUGAUAUACGGAUAUGAAGCAGUAAAGGAAGCUCUAAUUGAUCAGAGUGAGGUGUUUUCUGGCAGAGGCCCUUUCCCAGUGCUGGACAAAUCCGUCCAGGGAUUAGGAAUUAUUUUCAGCAACAGAGAGCAGUGGAAGCAAGUCCGGCGUUUCUCCCUCAUGGUUUUGCGGAAUAUGGGCAUGGGGAAGAAGAGUAUUGAAGACAGAAUUCAAGAGGAGGCCUUGUAUCUGGUGGAAGCAUUAAAAAAAACCAAUGCAUCUCCCUGUGAUCCUACUUUCCUUCUGGGCUGUGCUUCCUGCAAUGUGAUCUGCUCCGUUGUUUUCCAGAAUCGUUUUGAGUAUGAUGAUGAGAAAUUUUCAAUCUUGAUAAAUUAUUUUCAUGAAAACCUCCUAAUUUCAAGCAACUCCUGGAUACAGCUCUGCAAUGCUUUUCCUCUUUUAAUACACUUUCCAGGAUGUCACAAUGUGUUACUUAAAAACAUUGCUAACCAAUGUAAGUUUAUUGUGGAAAAAAUAAAAGAACACCAAGAAUCCCUGGACCUCAGUAACCCUCGAGACUUUAUUGACUACUUCCUGAUCAAAAUAGAGAAGGAAAAACACAAUAAACAGUCUGAAUUUACCAUGGACAACUUGAUCUUUACUGUCUGGGAUGUGAUUAGUGCAGGAACAGAGACAACGAGCACCACCCUGAGGUAUGGACUCCUGCUCCUGCUGAAGCACCCAGAGGUCACAGCUAAAGUCCAGGAAGAGAUUGACCGUGUGGUUGGCAGACAUCGGAGCCCCUGCAUGCAGGACAGGAGCCACAUGCCUUACACAGAUGCUGUGGUACAUGAGAUCCAGAGAUUCAUUGACCUCGUCCCCAACAGUCUGCCCCAUUCAGUGACUCAGGACACUAAGUUCAGAGAAUACCUCAUUCCCAAGGGCACAACCAUAUUAACAUCUCUGACUUCUGUCCUGCAUGAUGACAAAGAGUUUCCCAACCCAGAUCAGUUUGAUCCUGGCCACUUCCUGGAUGAAAGUGGCAACUUUAAGAAGAGUGACUACUUCCUGGCUUUUUCAGCAGGAAAGAGAGUUUGUAUUGGAGAAGGCCUGGCCCGCAUGGAGCUGUUUUUACUACUGACCAACAUUUUACAGCAUUUUACGUUGAAAUCUGUGGUUGAUCCAAAGGACCUUGAAACUGCCCCAAUUGUCAAUGGGGUGGGUGCUGCACCGCCCGUAUUUAAGCUGUGCUUCAUUCCAGUCUGA